AUGCCAACAGCUCUCUCUUCAACUUCUGCGAAGAGCAGAGACGUGGUCAACAUCGUCAUUCCCCGUGGACCGAUCGGUUUUGAAUUCUCAAUUAAAUCUAAUGAAAUCAUAUUUGAGUUUUCGGAUCUGAUUUGGGACCAAUUCCGGUUAUCUGCUUUGCGGCUUGUUGUCAUUGACCUUCCACUUCCCUUAGGUCCUCAUAUCGUCAUUUCGAAGGUUCGUGAAGGUGGCACUGCCGAGCUUGCUGGUCUUAAAUGCGGUAGUAUUUUACAAGCUGUCAACCGCCAACCCAUUGAUGGCCUCUCUUUCCUCCAAGUUUCCAACAUGAUUCGACGCACCAGCGGUUUUACGGCGGAACUAUCUGUGAUUGAGCCCGAUGAAGUCUCGGCCGUGAGCGGCAAUGGUGACUCUUUGGUACCAAGUUCCACGUCCUCUUCCCGGUGCAGCAUCGAUGGCGUGGUAUUACGCAAUUCACACUCCAAUCCCUCAGCCACAAGCCUCAACUGCUCAAUCUCCAGCUCUGCGGUGAGUGUAUCUUGCGCUUUUCCAAACAGGCAAAAGUUUUUGCAGUCUUCGAAGCACUGCAACGCAGUGACUUGUAACUUGUAG